AUGAAAGAUCUGGACCUGCCUGUCCUUGAGCUCAGCUUAGGUUUGGCGAGGGAUGUGCUCAAUCUCCACAACCGCUACGAGGAUCUCAAGCCCUCCUUCAAGGCCUCUGAGUUCUGCAAGGCUACUCAUGAAGCUAACUUGGCUGAUUAUGCAAAGCAGAAGGUAGAACUAGACCAGAUGGUUGCAGGCUACAAGGAAGCCAAGACUGCUACUGACAAUUUGGAGAGACAAAUUGAAGAACUUCAAAAAUAG